GAGAGAGAGCGAGAGCGAGAGAGAAGCUGCUAAAAGCUAUCUCCAAUUCAUCCUGAGUCCCCCGUGGCGAGGAACCUGGACCUGGCAGCGAACCUGAGGCUUCCGCGAGUCUCAGCUGACAAGGAUUCCAUGAGCAAACUUUAGUCAAGCUGACUCCACUGACUCCAUCACCCUGCCCACUGGCUAUAAACUCCCAGCGACUGUUAUAUACCAAGUUGAGGUUUUGGCGCUCACCUUGCAACAUGGUGAGCCCCACGGCAUCCCGGGAAAUGUAGUCCAGGACUUCGCCAACUGCGGGAAGGACUCGGCCAAGCAGCUGAUGUUCAGUGAUGGAGCUGUAGAUUUCUCUCACGAGGAAUGGGAGUGCCUGGACUUAGAACAGAGGCAUCUGUACAGAGAUGUGAUACUGGAGAACUACAGCAACCUGGUCUCACUGGGACUUUGCUUUUAUCAGCCAGAAGUAUUCUCUUUAUUGGAGAAGGGAAGAGAGCCCUGGAUGGCUUUGAAGGAUGAGACUUGCCCAGACAUACAAUCCAGGUGUCAGACCAAGAAGUUAUCACCAAAAAAUGGCAUUUUUGAUAGAGAAGUAUCUCAAUGGGAAAUAAUGGAAAUUUGUAAAAAACAUACCCCUGAAUGUUUAUGUUUUAGAGGUGAUUGGCAAAGCAAAGGUCAGUUUGAAAGACAACAGGAAAAUCAGGAAGAAUGUUUGAAGCAAGUUAUACUCAAUUGUAAAAAAAAGCCCGCUUUUAACCAGCACACAGCUUUUAAUCUUCAUCAGAGAUUUAAUACAGGAAAGAAACUGAAUGAAUUUAAAGAUUGUAGGAAAGCCUUUUGUUCUAACUCAGACUGUAUUCAACAUCAGUUAAUUCACCCUGGUGAAAAAUUUUGUGAAGAUAAGAAAUGUGAGAGGACCUUUUAUAUUGAUUCAGAACUUACUCAAUAUCAGACAAUUUAUACUUCUAAGAAAACAUAUGACUGUAAAGAAUGUGGGAAGACUUUCAGUUUGUGUUCAAGUCUUAACAGUCAUAGAAUUCAUACUGGUGAAAAACCUUUUAAAUAUAAAGAAUGUGGGAAGGCCUUUAAAUUUCAUUCACAGUUUAGUGUCCAUAAGCAUAUUCAUACUGGUGAGAAAUAUGAAUGUAAGAAAUGUGGAAAGGCCUUUAGUUGUGGCUCAGACCUUAUUAAACAUCAGAGAAUUCAUACUGGUGAAAAACAGUAUGAAUGUAAUGAAUGUGGAAAGGCCUUUAGUCAGCGAUCACAUCUUACUAAACAUCAGAGAAUUCACAAAGGUGAAAAACCUUAUGAAUGUGAGGAGUGUGGGAAAGCUUUUACUCGUGGCUUACACUUAAUUAAACAUCAGAGAAUUCAUACCGGUGAGAAAUCUCGUGAAUGUAAAGAAUGUGGAAAGGCCUUUAUUUGUGGUUCAAACCUUGCUCAACAUCAGAACGUUCAUGCUGGUAGGAAACUGUUUGAAUGUGAGAAAUGUGGGAAAGCCUAUAUCUGGAGUUCACACCUGACUCAACAUCAGCGAAUUCAUACUGGUAGGAAGUCUCAUGAAUGUAAGCAAUGUGGGAAGACUUUUGUAUGGGCCUCAUACCUUGCUCAACAUGAGAAAAUUCAUAAUGAAAGGAAACCCUAUGAAUAUAAGGAAUGUGGAAAGACCUUUCCUCAUGGUUCAGAGUUUAUGCAACAUCAGAAAAUUCAUACCGGUGAGAGAAACUAUGAAUGUAAGGAAUGUGGAAAGACUUUUUUUCGUGGUUCAGAACUUAAUCGACAUCAGAAAAUCCAUACUGGAAAUAGAUCAUAUGAAUGUGAAGAGUGUGGAAAAGCCUUUCUCUGGAAUUCAGAACUUACAUGACAUCAGAGAAUACAUAGUGAGGAACCUUAUGUAUGUAAAGUCUGUGGGAAAUCUUUUAUCUGGGGUUCACAGCUAACAUGUGAACAUAGCAAAAUUCAUAAUGAUGCAGAACCCUAUAAAUGUAAGGAAAGUGGCCAGAUUUUUAGUCACCAUUCAUAUUUUGCUGAACAGAAAAUUCACAAUGAUGAGAAUCUCUAUCAAUGGAAAGAUUAUGGGAACACCACUGGUCAUGACUGUGACUUUGCUCAAUACCAGAAUAUUUACACUUUUGAGAAAUCCUGUGAGCAUAAAGAUUUUGAGAUGGCAUUUUCUCCAGGCUCUCACUUUAUUUCACUCUUGUGAAAUCUUGUGAUAUAAAAAUGUAGGAAAAAUCUUUAUUCAUGUUAAUUGUUAAUUGACUUCUGUUAAUUCCUUUUUUUGAGAAUGCCUGUAAUGUAAAAAAUAUUGGAAGAUCUUUUCAGAGCAUACAACACACUCAGCAAAAGGAAUUAGAAAAAAUUCCUAAUGCAAUGUAUAUUAAUAAAGGAAAACAUUUAUUGAGUAGUCAUCAAUUAUAGGCUAUCAGGGUAAAGCCAUACAAAUGAGAUGAUAGUGUGAAUCCUUUUGAAUGAUUCUUAAAAGAUUCUCCACAUCAUUUUAUGCUGCAUAGACUUAAAGCCCAAAUCAUGUAGGGAAACUUUGCAUUACUACUUAAAUCUUGUUGCACUUUCCCGAAUCAUACCAAAGGCAAAUUUGUCUUGAAAUUAAUCUGGAAAAGCCUUGAGCUAUGUCAUACAACUUAUUUGGCAUGUCUUAGUUCUGGUGCCUUUUACCUCCUAAUUUUUUGGGCAACAACUUAUUUCUGUGUUUGCUUACUUAUUAGAUUGUAAGGGUUAAAUGAGUUUGAUGAUUUAAAUGACUUAAUGACCAUCUUUAAGACUAGUAUUAGACUAUUUCUAUGAGAAGAAAACCUUAAGAGUAUAAUAAUUACAGGCAAAUGUGCCAUUUGUAUGUAUGUCUUAUUGAAGAGCAGAAUUUUAAUUCUGAAGAUAAACCGGUAAAAUCUAAUGAAGCAAAACAAGCUUUGAUUCAGUAUUAAUUUCAUUUGCUGCAUAAACUCAUACUAUAGAGAAAGCCUUAUGGUUUAGUGAAUGCGGUUGUUGACUGCUCAGUAUUUUUUUAAGGCAUUUGGAAAUGAUUUGUUUCUAACAAAUUUCUAAAACCAAGUGUCAUUAUCCAUUUUAUCACCACAGUUAAAUUUUGGAAAUUAGAAAAUAGUGGAAUGAAUUCUGACCUCUUAGAAGUUGAGUACUACAUAUAUAAACAAUUCUCAGAUUAAUAAGUAAAUCAAAAGUGAAAUUAUGGCUAUUUGGAUGUGAAUGAUAAUGAAACUCCUGUAAAUAAAAAUCUUAGGAAUGUAACCAUAGACUUCUCAAUGGAAAUUGCUUUAUGUAUAAAACCAAGAAGAUUGAGGGCAGUUUAUUUCUUGUCACCACUGUAUCUCUAGCUCUUAGAACAGUUCCUGUCAUAUUGUUGGGUCCAAAUAUUUGUCAAGUUAAAUGAUGAUUACUCAAGCUAGAAUAAGAGCAAAUGCCCCCGAGUAAACUGAUGAAAAUGUUUAAUGAAAAUAAUGCCAAAAUCAUGGA